AUGGCGUUACUGCACGACAUGUCUGGAGAAUGUAUCAAGAGUGAGCUGGAUAUAUUUACAGUUCUGCCGACGCAGACGUCUCUUGAGAAAAAUGCUUAUUUAGAGGUUCCGCCCUUAUCGGCUAUAUCCGACUCUGCGCCUCUAGAGUUUUUUAUCGCCGGAACGGGUGAAGAUUAUCUGGACCUAAAUAACACGAUGCUCUAUCUCCGACUUAAAAUCAUGAGACCUAACGGCAGCGACAUCGCUGACCCCGCGCCUGUCGGGCUAAUAAAUUAUGCAGGGGCGACCGUGUUUUCACAGCUGGAUAUAAGCCUCGGCGACCGCUUGAUCUCUCAGAGCUCAAGCACGUACCCUUACAGAUGCAUCAUAGAGUGUCUCAUGAACUACAGUAAAGACACUCUGGAAUCUCUUUUCACGCCCAGUUUGUUUUACAAGGACACCGCGGGACACAUGGACGUCCACGACCCCGUUGGCCGAAACAGGGGUCUGCUAAAGAGAUCGACCUUCUCGCACGGCAGUCAACCGGUAGAGCUGCUAGUGCCUAUUCACGGCGACAUUUUCUUUCAAGAAAAAUUACUGAUAAACGGCGUCGACGUUAAAAUACGCCUGAUCAGGGGGAAGGAUGAAUUCUGUCUGAUGAGGAGCGAUGACGUGGCCUACAAAGUAAAAAUCUUGUCGGCAUCCCUAUUUGUCAAGAAAGUAAGCGUGUCGCCAUCCGUCAGACUGGGUCACGCCCAGGCACUGCUCAGCACGACGGCCAAGUACCCUGUCGACAGAGUUUGUCUCAAAACCAUCUCUCUACCUACAGGAUCGCGCGUUUCGAAUCAAGAAAAUCUGUUUUUAGGAACGCUACCGAAAUCAAUCGUCCUGGGGAUGGUUGAUAACGACGCUUUUUCCGGAGCUUAUGAUAAAAACCCAUUCACGUUCAAUCAUUACGAUUUGGAGUUCCUAGCCAUCUAUGUCGACGGUAAACAAAUACCAUCAAAACCGCUACAACCUGAUUUCGAAUCGGGUUCCGCCGCGCGUGAAUAUUACCAGCUGGUAAUGUCCACGGGGAGACAUCUGAAAAACCACGCUCUCGCGAUCGAUAGAGACGAAUUUCUGGCCGGAUACACGCUGUUUGCAUUUAAUCUCACCCCCGACGAAGAGUGUGGACAGCAUCUAUCGCUGGUCAAGUCCGGGAACAUCAGGCUGGAAGCGCGAUUUAAAAAUCCGCUACCCCACACCAUCACGAUGAUUAUUUAUGCAGUGUUUGAUUCGAUCAUACAAAUUUCAAACCGCAGACAGGUCAUGGUCGAUUAUUAUUGA